AUGUUGUCAAAAGAAAUAUGUACUCGUUUAGCCGUUAGUUCUAUUCGUGUUAUUGUGAGUAAAGAGAAAAGCACACAAUUUAUCUUAGCAAUACCAAUCAUUUUUGUUAAAAAUCAUUUAAAAUGGAACAGUUGUCAGUUAGUUAGUAAUGUACCUCAUUGUUUAGAUCUUAGUGGUGACAAUUGUAUAUCUAUGCAUGGUGAUUAA